AGGUGGCGUACGUAGGCGCAUUUAAUGUAUUUCUCCUCUUGGAAUUUAAAAAUAGUUGGAUUUCUGUGACGAUUGCAGGUCAGAGAAACCCAUAGAUUUUCACUAUUCAUGACAGAAAAUUCUUGGCUCAUGUAAUUUUCGCUACGCAAGUGAUUGCUUCAUUACUUCAUUGGCAGUCACCUAACAAUAAGGCGUCAACUUUUUCAUGAAACCGCUACAACUGUCCAAUGAAAAUUUAUCUGAAUUCGUGCAAUCAAAUACAUUGGAAUCUGAUCCUGGAGAUUGUUUUGGUGUAAAUGUUUACGAGUUUCAAGAAGGAGAAGAUCUUUAUGGUCCUCGUGCACGUGGUUAUCAGAAACCUAAACAUAUGUGGAUGGCUAAAGAUCAAGCCCUAACAAAUAUUAAAUCAAACAGUCCAACUCCAGCGACAACAGCAUUAGACUUUGGAAAUGAUUGUUGCACUACUCAGGAUGGCCUUACUUCUGUCCCUUCUGGUAAUUUAAGGUGUCCAUCGCCGACUAAUAUGACGUACAAUAUAGGUUCUCCAUCGACAUCUGGCAGUAUUCAGGGUCUUUCAACAGCUCUAUCGUCUUGUACCAAUACAAGCAGCAGUUUAUGCAGUCAUACUUCUCCAGUUAUUGGUUUGAAUAUAGGUGAAGUCACUAACACAUUUGAAAGCCCUACUUUUAUUGACGUGAAAAAUGAAAAAACUACACAACUACUCACUUGUGACAUUAGUCCCAUGGUUGUAAAAUCCAAAUCCAGCGUUAAACUAACAACUACCAAAAAACAAACUACAGGAAAAUUUUCCCGAAAGAAAUUCGAAUCAAACAGUAGUGUUAAUUCAUCUGCAUCUGAUACUAGUAAAGUUCAAUUAUCAAAUGACAAGCAACCUUAUUCUCACAGGCAUCGACAACCUCGUUCUCGUACCAAUCGAAAGUCUAAACGAAAUCCUGUAAGCGAGUCAUCAUCAUUGACUUCUAUUUAUCCAACCCAAACUCCUAAUUCAUCCUCAGAUACCCAUUUGUCUUUAUCACCCAGUUUAACUAUGACAGAACAAAUAAACGAAGAAUCUCCUUUACAAGCACCUAUGUAUUCCAAAAGUUUGCCUUCAUCAGCUUUUGUUUCUGGUGGACUGAAAAUUCGGCUUCGCCGGGAUACAGCUCUAGAUUUUAAUAUUGGGAAAAGCAAGCGAGCUAAAAGUAAAACAACUUCAACAUUUCGUAUUGUGGAAUCCUGGUGUGAUGCGGAUGCUCCAGGGGGAGAGUUUACCAGGAGAGCCAGAGCAGUUACUAGUAACUCUACUUCCCCUACAUUUAGUAUGGUUUCAGGGGGACUACGCGUGGGUGAUAUAGUAUGGGCUAAACUAGCUGGUUAUCCGUAUUGGCCAUCCCAGGUUAAUGCUAUUUGGGCUCGCACUGCUCAUCAACUUUCUCAAGCCACACUACUUCCAACUUCACAGUCAUUAGACAACAAUACAUCAUCUUUGGCUGUUCUUGCAACUCCCUCGGAUCCAAGUUUAGCGGCUGGAUAUACUGCUCGUGUCGACUGGCUUGCUUGGGAUCAAUGUUCCUAUUUAAGCUGUGCUAAGUUGUACCCUUUUAAAGAGUCUUUUGAUAAGCUUUAUAAUCCACGUACCAGGGUAAAAGGAUAUGCAGAAGCUGUACGCCUUGCUAAGCAAAUUGUAAGUGGGACCUAUAUUCCUAGUGAAAAUUUGGAUUCUCAGUUAACAUGUAUGUCUCCGCAAAAUAAAUCUCAUUCAUCAUUAUCUGGUCAGAUUUCUGCACCACCAAGUACUGAUAGCCAAUGGUCAUCUAUGACAACUCUUUCAUCUUCUUUAGAAAUUCCAACGACAGGUAGUAAUAAUCAAAUCUCACGUGAAUUAGUGGAAAAACACACUAUACUAUUACCGUCUGAAUUACCACCGGAUGCCGCCUAUAUAUCAUCAUCAUCAUCACAAUUAAGUCCGUCACAUUCAAUUGCAAACCUCUACUCCGGUGAAGGAUUAGUACGAACAUCAGACGCAUUUUCAUCCACCUCUAAUAAUUCAUGCCUUCUAAUAGGUGAGAAAAGUCUAGAAUUGCCUGAAUUAGACAGUAUGUCCAUGUGGGCUCCUCUUCCUCAAUUAGAUGUAUCAGGUCUUGGUGUUUUUCAUGUGCCCACUUUUUCAGAAGAUGAAGAAGAAGAUUUGGAUCAAUCCAUAGUGAUGAAUCAAUUACACUUAGAUUUUGGUUCAUGUUUGCAAUAAUGAUACACAAUAGCCAUAAUCGUGUGAUAUUUAACAGAAAGGUAAAAUGCUCUUGUCUUUUCUUUGCUUUUUUUUAUCUCUAAUCUUUCAGAGUCCAAAGUGUAUCGUUUUUUUUUCCGUUCGUUCGUUCGUUUGUGUGUUUGUUUGUUUAUAACCUGGUUUUCUCUCAGUCUCUCUCUCUCACUCACUGUCGAUAUCUCUCCUUAAUUGUGAUAGAUCUACACUAUGGUAGUAAUGUUCUUGGUGCCUAUUUUCAUUUAUUGCGUUUUUUCCUGUUUUGUUUUCGACCAUCUCUCGUAUUGUGACUUGAAUAUCACUUACAGUCAAUCAAUACUUUGUUUAAAUCGUUGACAAUGGCAUAUUGAUAAAGUUCAAGUUUUGCAAUUGUCGCGAACUUUGAAAGUGUGUAUAUUAAUUGAAUGUUGAACAGUGUUAUUACUAUUAUUAUUAUUAUUAUUAUUAUCAUUAUUAUUACUAUUAUAGUUAUUGUUACUUGUUACUAUUGCGAAUUAUGCAUCGCACACAGAGUUAAUCAUCGUUUGCGAAUAAAAAAACUCAUGUAUUCAGGUAUUUAUUUAAAUAUAUUAUACAAGUAACUCUAUGUAUGAAUAAAUUCCUUCUCUAAUUUCUACCAAACAUUUUUUUUGUGCAUAUAUACACUCAAAGACAAAACGAAACGAAACAAAACAAAAGAAUGUUUGCAUGUAUCCUCUCUCUCUGUACGUUUUAUUUUUGCAUUGAACCUUUUGUACACACACACACACACUCAUGCUCCACAAGUGGGUUCCCCUCUUUUGUUUUUUGUUUUUUGAAAAAAAAUGUACUUGUUAAUAUAUAUUCAUCCCACCAUAUCUACCAUGAGAGAGAGAGAGCCAGGAGAGUACUAUUUGUGAUUUGAAUUGUGUGUGUGUGUGUGUAUUUUUGGCUCUUUGUGUGUUAGUUAAGUGAAGUUAAGUUGAGUUAAUUCUCUGCCAUAAUUUUAUGCAAUUCAACAACAACAAAAAAAGUAAUCUCAGUUUCAUAUUCUUCUUUUUUUUUUAAAAAAAAAACAAUAGGGUUAUUAUUGCCCUAAACACAAAAACUCUAUGCUCAUUUCUUGUAUAAAUAAUAAUAAUAUUUUUUUUAAAAGUAAAAAAUGCCCCUGCCCUCAACCCUCCCUCCGUCCGUCCCUCCUCCGAUUUGUUCUUUCUUGCUUCCUUGUUGCUUUCUCUCCUUAUCUCUCAUACAUUUCUCAUCGUUUUUCUUUCUUGUUUUUUUCUCUCUCGCGUAUUCCAGUUUAAUUUGAGAUCAUGAAUCAAAAUGAUGUCUUUGUAGUUUAUUAUUAUUAUUAUUAUUAUUAUUAUUAUUAUUAUUUUUCUGUCUUUAUCUCUGUCUCCCUGUCUGUCUGUCUAUCUCUCUCUUUCUCUUCCUCCUUUUUUAAAAUGCUCACUUAUUUUCUGGUCUCAAAUUAUAACACAAUUUACAUGCAAAUAUAAAUAUAAAUAUAUAUACAUAUACAUAUUAAUAAUUUUACAAAGUAAAUCUUUUUUGCCUGA